AUGGCGUCCCAACACAUCCUAGCCACGGCGCCCUCCCAAGACGCCAUGCUCAAUUCCCUCCUCGAACUCGUCCGCGCCUACAACGCGCGCAUACCGCGCCUCUACGCCGGCCUGAACUCGUUCGAUCUCGACGCGACAAUGCCCCUGCUUCUCAACCUGCCUAGCGCGCCCCUCGCGUGCAGGGAGCCGCCCGCCGAGUUCGAGGCCGUCAACGCCCACUUUUCCGCCCAAGUGCACGCCUUUUUCCACGCAGUGCGCAGCCUGGAGGACAUGGCAGACAAACAGUCCGCCGACGAGCUGGACCUCAUUCGCCAAGGCGAAGGCCUUCGGCCCGUCGUCAUCCGCAUCGUCAACCAGUCUUUCGACAUCUACCCGGACUGCUUGCACCGCACCUUCCACACCCGCCGCCUCACCGUCAAGAACCCGGACCGCCUCCCUCUUCUCACCCGCGGCACCCAACUGCGCGUCUUCCCGGAUCGGGCUGCGUACUCCUCGGAUACGGCCCACAUGCGGCCCGUCUCCUUGCGCACGCCCCUCGAACUCGCCACCCGCCUCCCGCACCUUCGCGAGCUGGACUGCCCGUGGUUAUGGGAGCGCCUUCCCAUGGCCUUCGCAUCCCGGGCGGCGCGCCGAUUUGCCCGCGUCUGGGAAGGGCCUUGGCGCGAUGACCGCGCCGAGUUCGGGCGGGGGGUGCGCCAUGUCAUGCCCUUCUUGUUGCCCUCCUCCCUCACCAAGGCCCGUCUCUGGUUCUGGAAGCCCGACCCCGGCGGGGACGAGACGGACCAAGCGGCGCAGAUGCCCGACCUUGUUGGCGCGUCGUCGUCGUCGUCGACUACCGAGUUUGAUGGCAUGGACCCUGUGUCUCUUGGGCUGCGGGACCUGGGGAGUCGCCUGGAGGAGCUCGACAUCUGCGCGCUCAUCACCCCCGAUCUUUUCCCGUCCGGGGGCGACGGGUUGUCAUGGCCACAAAUGCGGCACCUCAAGGUAGAAUUCCACCCGUGCGCGCCUGACGGCAGCUGGUACUUUUCCGGCCCGAGAGGCGAAGAUCCCCACGCGGCAGGUUUCGCCAUCACGCGAGAGGAGCACUACCCGCCCGGCCAGGAAGACGACGACGACGACGACGACGAGACGCAUGCCUUGUGGUCCGACGAGCAGGACGAGUACUGGGGCGACGAGGACAUAUACGACCACCGCCAACCUGACAUGUUCCGUACGCUCCCCAUCGCGGAGCGCAUCAACCCUUUGCUCUUGGCCUUUGCCUCGUCGCUCCAACAGCAAAAGAUGCCCUCCCUUCAAGACGCCGAGCUGUUUACGUGGCUUACCUGGCGGCCCUCCGAGGAGCGGGCGCAAGAGUAUGAAGGGAGUGAUGACGCGCCUCCUUCGACUGAUGAUGAGGAGACCGUUAUGUUCCGAUGGGGGGUGAGAUACGAUGCGCCUCAAGGAGAUGGGAAAGGGACAGUCACGUGGCAAGUCGGUGAGGACUGGAGGCCGGAAGACGAAAUCAUUAGGGCGUUUGAGGAUCUUGUGGGCGGGGACGGGGAGAACAUGGAGUGGAAAGCGGUUGAGUUUGUGGGGGAGAGGGAGCAAGAUCCGGAUGUCUAUAUCUGA